AUGGUAGAUCGGGAUUCCGGAUCGUCAUAUGACAGGUACCAGCCUUACCCACUCGAUCGAAGGGGAAACGGGCGCAAUAGCGAAUCAGGCAAGAAUGAUAGGAGGAAUGAUCGAAGGAAUGAUCGAGGCCAAAGUAGCCGUGGAUUGAUAAAUAGAAAUGCUACCAAUAGAGCCCCGGGAAACAGAGAAACUCCAAGGUUAUCCGAGUAUAACUUUUGCGUCGAUGUAGCAACCAUAGCGGCGGCCGUUAUCCGAAACAAAGAAACAAGACAUCCAAGGCCAAUCCAAUCUGAUCCAGAGAAGCGGGAUAAAAGUCUUAUUUGUAAGUAUCAUCAUACUCACGGCCAUCGGACCGAGGAUUGUCAACAGCUGAGAGAGGAGGUCGCUCGUCUGUUCAAUUUGGGACAUCUUCGAAAAUUCUUAAGCGAACUAGCAAAAACCCAUUUCAAGAACCUAGAUUCCAACAAGCAGGAUAGGCCGGAAGAGCCUCAGCAGGUGAUACACAUGAUCAUGGGAGGAACUGACGUUCCCAUUGGGCCAGUUGUAAAACGCACCAAAAUUUCCAUAACGAGGGAAAAACGUAUCCGGAAUGAUGACCCCGAUGGUCCCAUCACAUUCAAUGACGAGGACAUGGAAGGCAUCGCCCAGCCGCAUAAUGACCCACUGGUAAUAUCUGUCCUUGUCAAUAAAUUUAGAAUUAAACGUCUGCUAAUUGAUCCAGGUAUCUCGGCUAAUAUCAUCCGAUGGAGAGUCAUCGAACAGCUGGGACUACUAGAUCAGAUCGUGCCGGCAAUACGGGUCCUCAACGGAUUCAACAUGGCAUGCGAGACGACGAAGGGUGAGAUCACUUUACCGAUCAAUAUGGCAGGAACUACGCAGCAGACAAAAUUUUAUGUGAUAGAGGGAGACAUGGGAUACAAUGCAUUGCUGGGCAGACCGUGGAUUCACCUCGUAAGAGCGGUCCUCUCAACUAUGCAUCAGGUAUUGAAAUUCCCGACCCCAGAGGUAUCAAAACCGUCUGUGGUGAACAACAGGCCGCAAAAGAAAUGUUCGCAGUUGAAGAAUCUGUUAAGACUAUAA